GGCUCACUUCGUGCAUUGGCUGUUGUCAGCUGCCUUUUCCGUUCUCCAUCCAUCCAUUCUCUCUUUCGGGACCACCCUCGCACCAUCAAAGCAACCGACAGCCAGCUAUCACAACAGAACAACAACAACAACAGAACAACGCCAACAGCGCAGCAAGCCCCUCGCUCGAGCGCGCGCUCUUUCUCUCUCUUCCGGCGUGCGUUUUCACCACACCCACAACAACCACAAACCGCCAGCAAAACAACGCUCGCCCGAUCUCGAACCCCCACGCAAUUGCCUUUUGCUCGCAAACCAAACCUAUCCCAUACAAGUCAACGUCAAAAGACAGAGCGCUGACUUUGGUUCAACAGCAACAAAGCAGCAUGGAUUGGACGCAACACCAAGCACACGCGCAAGCAGCGCAACAACAACAACAACAACAACAACAGCAGCAGCAGCAGCAGCAACAGCCACGACAGCUCCCUCCCGGCACAGCAGCGUUCAUGCAAGCACAGCAACCGCCAACAGCGCCCCACAUGAUGGUCCCCUUGAACAACGAACAACUCCUCCUACACUUGCAGCAGAUGCGACAGCAACAACAGCAGCAGCAGCAGCAGCACAGUCAAGACCAAGGACGCUCCGGCCCACAACAACAGCAGCAAGCACAGCACUCGCAACAGGCGUUGUUUUCUCCCGGUGCAUACGCGUUUUCAGAAGGGCAGACAAUGGAGGCACUGCAGACAGGGGUGCUGCCCCACCUCUCACGCCACUUUGCCGCCAUGCACCAGCAGCAAUCGACACCAUCAAUUCCAAAGCCCACGCCGCAGAGCGCAUCAGCACAGACCCAGGUGGGCAUCCCCAUGCCCUCCCAGCCGCAGUUGGCAGGGGGCGCCGUCUCUACUCCGCCAUCAUGCGCCGUGUCAGCAUCGCCAUCGGCCAUUCCUGUGCAGCCCCAGCUGCUCAGCGGCAUGUUGCCCAGCCAGUCGCACGCACUCAUGUCGCACAUGGCUGCACUGCAGCAGAUGAUGUACUGGAGGCAGCUCCAGGCCCAACAAGGCCAACAACCGUCUGCAGACACACCAACGCCAGCAUCGACCUCGUCUAUCACCGUCGCGCCUUCAUCGGCGCUAACGCCUGGUUCUGCUCCAAACGCCACGACUAGCCAGGCAACGAGCCUAGGGGCACCCACAACAGCCACCACCUCAGCGUCAGCCCCCGGCCCUCCCCAGGACAUGCCCUACCCCAUGCCCAUGCCAAUGUCGGCCUAUAUGGUACCGGGUAUGCCGUACAACAUGGGUGGCUGGCCGGCCUAUGCAGGGGGCUCAGCACACAUGGCGCACAUUGCAAACGCCAUGGGCCCCAGUGCAGCAGCCGCCGCCCUGGCGCAGCUGUCGCAGACGGGCCUACCCCACGACGCAUCCACGCCCGGCGCGACAUUGGGGCUCCAGGGCACCACUGCUGCUGCUGCUGCUGUUGCUGGUGGUGUUGCUGGUGGUGGUGGUGGUGGUGGUGGCACCCUUGGUGGGGUGCGUCCGUAUGCGACCACCAAGCGCGGGAAGAAGCCGCGACCGCCGUGCCCAAUCUGCGCCGGCCCAGGCCGACACACCCGCUCAAAGAUUUGCUCCACUUGCUAUGGCGGUGUGUACAAUGACAUCACAAAGGUGUGCAAGAUCAAAGGUCAGCACGCAACCGUCGACGAAUUCCUUGCUGCGCUUCGGGCACUUCCGCGUGGGUGCACGCGCAACAAUCAAUGCGAGCCGUACCACUACAGCCACCUCCGACCACCAAAUGAGCGCUGCACCCAAUGCCGCACACUGGCCAUUGCACGGGAAGCACCAGAGCUGAUUGACAACCUGCUGCAGCGGCGACAGGCGCGCCUUGAGCCGGAUUUCGUGCAUGGGACCGAACACGACGGGAGUAUGGACUUGCCUGCAAGCAAGAAGGCAAGGCGUGAGGGGACACCCACAAGCGAAAGCAGCAGCACAUGGGCACUGGACGCACCCAAGGAUAACGGGCAGCAGCACCCACAGGACCGCGCAAAGCAGAAACAGCAAAAACAGCGACGCGCAAUGGCCCGCGAUACCAAAGACGCCAGCGACGACCGCAGCAUGAAUGACAACACCGGCACCAACGCCAACACGAAAAGCACCAGCAGCACCAGCAACAACAAGGCAAAGGCGAUGAACGGUGGUGGUCUUGGCGGCAGCAGGAAGGCAAAGAAAGCGGUGGCAGCACCAGCAGCAUUGCAUAGCGAAAAUGGAAAGCAGAAACACAGUGGAAGGAAAGAAGCGCACGCGCAGGCACGUCGCACAAACGGAACCACAAACGGAACCACAAACGGAACCACAAACGGAACCACAAACGGAACCACAAAUGGAACCACAAGCCACGACAGCCACGUUUCGCCUGCAGAGGCUGUAAAUGGCAACGACACCACAAACAGCGGCGGCGAGUCGCCAACAACAGUAGCGGCAACAGCACCAACAUCAAUAAACGCGAAGCGCAAGGCGUCUCCAGCAUCCCCACCCGGAACUCGCGUGAACGGCGGACCACCGGCAAAGACCCACAACGGAGCCGUCAAGAUGAAGAAGAGCAACCGCCUCGACCGCCGCCGCCGCGAUGACACCAACACCAACACCAACAACGAUGGGCACGGUGCUCGCGACAGCAUCAGCAGUAGCGGUGGCAGCAGUGACGGUGUUGAGUCGGCGGCAGCGCAGAAGAAGAUGGUGGCAGCAACGAUGACGACGACCACGACGCUGGCCACGAGCUCAGAUGCGAGGACCACAGGGCGUGCUGAUGAGAUUAAUGCCAAAGACAGCGCGGUGGGCAACGGCAAGGACAAGUGUUCAAACGGCAGGACGAGCCAUGUUGACACGGACAUGCUAGAUCAUCAAGACAAGACAGCUGUGUCUGCUGGUGCGCACACAGGAAAUGAAUGACUGACUCAAUGACUCAAUGACUCAUUGACCGAGACUUACUUGAUUGACCGAACGGACUGGCAUCAGCUGGGAACCUGGUGCGCGCAGAGACACAUGCUUUCUCCUAAUGGCAGCAUUAAAUGUUUUCUUCUUCCAUUGACUUUCCGUCGUAGCCCUUGCGUAUGGCUUUUCCAAGUCGUGUUCUGAGCCUGCGUGUGCGCCCUGAAGAAGUGCGGAGUGCACUCUCUGAUAGUAUGCACGUCAUGGCCUUCACGCCUCCCUCUACGCCGCUUUCUUCCUUGUUGUGUUUGGUGCUUCACAGUUUCAUCACGUCAUUGAACUCACACGCGUGCGGUGUUCAUGUGGUGUAUAUGGUGUUUGUUUGGGUGGCUUGAUGUAGUAUCAGCGCGAUUCUGUGUUUUCUCUGUGUGUGAUUCCAUUCCACAGACAGUAUGCGAUGUAUGUUGAAUUUUCGUAUAUCUUGUGUUUCAUGAUCCUGCUCGUGUUAUAGUGUUAUUGUCGAUUGGCUUUACGUUUUUUUCAUUGUCGCCUACAUGCAUCUCUUGCUUUUCUGUAUCAGCACGUCUGUCCCAUUCAUUCCAGGCGUUUUCUUUGGUAGCUCUCUGGUUUUCUGACACGAGCAACAGGCACAUGUGCAUGCACGAUCGCUGUUCAGUCAUGGAUUCAUGCCAGUACGCAUUGGUGGGUUUCUUGGCUGCCUGUUGGGUCUGUGGUGCUCUGGUCAGGGUGAUUGUGCACACCGCCCAUGACCCACUGCAAGAGCCACACUGUCUUGAGAACAGCGGUCACUUGGUCGUGCAUCGUGUGCUUGUCUCCCGUCUUCAUACCGAUGUCUUUUCCCUGCACUUUGUCUCGUUCUGUUGCUUUCUUUGCCCCUCACUCGUAACGCUGGGUUGUUUGUUUUCCCGCCUGUCCAGUUGUGUGUGUGUGUGUGUGUGUGUGUG